AUGGCGGCCGCGGGUGCGCUGAGUGGGGCGGAUGGCGGCAGCAGCAGCUCCGUCAGUAGCUCUGUCAGCUCGGCCCCGCCGCUGGUCGUGGAGGCCGUGGCCGCGGAAUGGAUGCUGGAGUUCGCCUGCUCCUGCCUGUGCCGACACUUCGCGGAGCAGAGCGGGCCGGAGUUCUGGCGAUGGAGGGACGUUGCGCAAGCUCUUAUUGAUGGCCUCUCGCAAAUACCUCCGCAUCAGAAAAAAACAGUAUAUCUCUGCCAACUUUUGAUAAGAAUUGCACAAGGAAAAAACCUUGGAUUACGGUUUGAAAAUGAUCAAAGAAUUUCACCUUUGGAAUCUGCUCUGUCCUUCUGGACUUUACUUGAAAGGGAAGAAAUUAAACUGGCAAAACUUCAUGAAGAUAUUCAUCUCUUGAUUCAAAUUCAGAUUGUAGCAGUCUAUAUGGAAAACAGAUAUUUCAAGGAAGCUGCUGAAGUUCUUGAAAGGCUGUUCACAGACUCCGAAUCAGAUAAGCCUUUAAGGGUGAAGCUGGCAACUGUUAUUAAAAACAAGGAUCCAUAUGUUCCUCUUCUCCAAAGCUUCAGUUACAGUAAUUUGAUAAGUAAAGUCAAGUCUUAUACUGAACUUUUCAUGAAAGAAAAUGAAAGUAACUUCUUAAUACAGGGAGCCAUAAAACAUGUAGCAUCUAAAGGGUUGGGAGCAGUGACAUUGCAAAUCAGACCUCUGGAAGUCAAUGAAAAUGACAAAAGUGAUUUGAAAACAAAAAAAAGAUUGCUGAAAGAGGAACAGUAUAUCACAAGUCAGUCAUCUGGAGACAUAUUAAAACCCACAGCAAGGAGAAGUUCGGGAGAGAAACCUGGAAAGAACAGAGUUCUUCAGAGUCUUAACAACAUGCAUAAUGUGGGAAGAAAUGAAGUUUCUUUGAUAUGUAGCCGAAGAAGACAGCGAUGGACUCACGAAGAAGACUUGGAGCUGAAAUUGGGAAUAAAGGAUUUUGGAGUGGGUAACUGGUCCAAAAUUUUAGCCCAUGGUAACUUCAACAACCGAACGAGUGUCAUGUUGAAAGACCGGUGGAGAACAUUGAACAAGAUGAAACAAAGGUGAUCUGGACUACAAGAACCAACUCUUCUUGACCUUUCCCUACAUGAGGACCUACCCUUGCUUUUCAGAAUAACAUCUUAUUUAGUCUCAUAGUGUCCAGCAGCAUUGCUGUCCUAAAACAUUAAACUGAAUAGUAAUAGGUAUAAAACAUUCAUGUAAGCUCACUUGCUCUGGUAAUGAUGACUUAAAUAUAAAGUCUGGCCUGUUUUGCUACAUGCAAUAAUAGAUGUCCUAGAUUCUGAAAAGUGAAAGUGUUUGUAGUGGUUUAAGAAACAUCUGUUAUGUAAAUAGGGGUAUUAGAUUUGCCUGGCACUAUCUUUAGCUUGAUGGAAGCUAAUAAAAAGUCAAGUGUUCUGUAUUUUUAAAGGCCUGUAUCUCUUUUUAGAAUGACC